ACAAAGUCUCAACCUAACACCCUAUCCAAAUAAAACCCCCUCCACACCACACCACACACCAUCAUCAUCAUCAUCACCCUCUCUCUUCCACUUCACUCACUCACCAACAAUUGCAACAUGGCUUCCACACCUCUCACACUCAUUCUCUUCAUCACCCUCUCUUCUUUCCUCCUCCACCUCUCUCCUCAAGCCCAAGCCCAAGCCCCAGCACCAUCUCCCUCUGGCCCACUCAACCUCACAGCAAUCCUUGAGAAGGGUGGCCAAUUCACCACCUUGAUCCGUCUCCUCCAAGACACACAACAACUCACUCAAAUCCAAAGCCAACUCAAGUCUAACUCACAAGGCUUCACUCUCUUUGCUCCUACCGACAAUGCGUUUCAGAACCUCAAAUCAGGGGCCAUAAACGACCUCACAGAUGAGCAAAAAGUGCAACUCAUUCUCUACCACGUGACACCAAAGUACUAUUCCCUCUCUGAUCUCUUGACAGUGAGCAACCCCGUGAGGACACAAGCUUCUGGAAGUGAUGGGUCAUGGGGCCUUAACUUCACAGGCCAAGGAAACCAAGUGAACGUGUCCAGUGGUGUUGUGGAAACCCCUAUCAACAACGCAUUGAGGGAGAAGUUCCCGCUUGCGGUUUACCAAGUGGACAAGGUUUUGUUGCCAAUGGAACUUUUUGGAGCAAAGUCUCCUUCUUCAGCUCCUUCUCCUAAGUCUUCCAAAACUACCCCUGAAAUCCCCAGCACAGCCAAGGCUAGUGGAGCUCCAUCGCCUUCAGGUGGUAGCCAGAACGAUAAUGGUGUGGCUGAGAGGAAUGUGGGUGUUGGUGUGAUCUUUGGGCUUGGGUUGAUUUGCAUGGGAGUUCUAUCUUGAUGCAUGAUGCGAAAGAGAAAACUUAUGUUUGAUGUUUAUUAUCUUUCUUUUUAUCUCUUUUGUUUCUCUCAUCACGCUCUUCAUUUGUUCUUCCUUGUCAUUUUUCUUCUACGGGCAAAAGGAAUUGUGUUGGGUUUGAAAUGAGCCUCAUUCUUUGUAUUUAAUGCCUUUUUUUUUACAUGUAUUUAAUGCUUGUCUUAUAUUUUGGAUCCCAUUGGUUAUAAGAAAAAGAUUUACCUACUU